AUGGCGCAGACCAAAGUACUUUUGACAGGGGCCACUGGAUUCAUUGGAGGAACUGUACUGCAUCAGUUGCUCCAAUUGGCUGAGACUCAACCCGCAAAGCUAUCCAUCACGGCUGUUAUACGUCGCUCAGAGCAAGCAGAUCUCUUGGCUAGCAAAGGGGUUCAAACGACCCUUGUGUCUGGUCUUGAUGAUGCAGACGGACUAGCACGAGCGGCGAGCAGCCAUGAUAUCGUUGUUAAUGUUGCGACCGGCUUCCACGUUGCCGCCACCAAGGCACUCAUACAGGGCCUCAGCAAGAGACGUGAGCAGACUGGUCGCAAUGUCCACUUCCUUCAUGUGAGAACAACCUGCGUAUCCGUCCCAUCUAUCACACCAUCCUCAUUCGAGUUGCGAACAUUUUCCGAUCAGGAUGAUGAUAUAUUCGAUUAUGAGCAAACGCGCGACUCUCAAGAAGCCUACGCGCAGAGAACGGCCGAACUUACAGCCAUACAGACGAGUGAGAGCUUGGGGGUCAAGGCGUACGUUGUCAUGCCCCCACUCGUCUAUGGCCGGGGUAGCGGGUGGUUCAAGAAGCAAUCACACCAAAUCCCCACACUGAUCAGAAAUGCAAUUGCAUCUGGCUACGCAGAACAUGUCGACACCGGCGAAGCGCAGCUGGGCCAUGUUCAUGUAGAGGACCUGGCUCGUCUCUAUGUCACGUUAGUGGCGAGAAUACUGUCCAGCGAGGAAAUUCCCUAUGGCCGAAAUGGUUACUACUUCGCCAAUACUGGGUCUCAUAAGUGGCUUGAUGUGACAAGCCGGAUAGGCAAGGCAGGGUAUGACAUGGGCGUCUUGAAGUCAGCUAGCCCGAGAUCGAUAAGCCUUGAGGAUGCUGCAGAGAAACUCGCCGAUGGAGACUUGGGUUACGCGGAAGCGUGCUUUGCUUCCAACUCUAGUACUAGACCCGAUAAGGCUUUCGCGGUUGGAUGGAAGCCCUCAAAGACCGAGCACGACUGGGAGAACUCCAUCAAGUCGACCUUCGAGGAUAUAUUGCAGGAACAAUAAGGGUCGCGCCUCGACUCGAGCCAAAGCUCAGGAUGCUAGUUGGCGACCGUAUUGAAGGCUUCGUGCCGCUGCGCCGCUCGGAGCUAGGUCAUGCACCUGAGAUUUGUUUUAUGGGAAGUCGCCAAGCAGUGGGUGAAUGUGGAUAUUGUCCUUCAGCAUGCAAAGCUUAUCCAUUUGACCCCACUUGUCCAUGUUCGACAAGGGGCAGGGGUGCUGGGGGCACUCCCUAUCCUCAAAGCUAGCACUGGCUUUGCGGCAGGGUUCAGGGCUCGUACACUUGUCGAUGCUGGGAAACUCUAGGGGAGGUGCAGGCUACGACAUGAUUUGUACACGAUCAGAUGUAAAUAAACUUCGAUGAAGAAAUAUAAUCACGAGGUGGAAUUGCCGGCGCAUGAUCGUACUGCACGUUGAGCCAAGAUUCUCAGCAAACCAGUCAUUGAGGAUCACCGUGAUCACUAUCCAUAGAGAAAAGCGAUAGGAGACAUCGAU